AUGUAGGAGGGUAUUUGCUUAGGGUGAUUUGUAAAUAUUUAAGACUUGACUAAGCUUAUGAUUAUUGAAAACACGUAUUUGCAAAAAUUUAAACUCGAUAAAACGCAAAAAAUUAUUGUUCAUUAUCCAGUCGUACGCACGUACAUAUAGGUCAUCGUGUGUGCAUUGCACAUUUCCCGUCGGGAAUUCUUCGGAUUAGUACGACAUUCGGAAAUGUAUUAAAAUGUAUUUAAAUCUUUCGUUCGGAUCGAUGCAAAUUUGUUCAUUAAACUUCGAAAAACUAAGCUUUGUAAGCACUGUUUGUAAGCCUGAACCACUGUAGACAAUAUCCUUUCUGAUAGAAUUGUAUUUAUCAGUAUUUACCUUGCGUGAUAUUUUCAGAGAAAAUCCUAUAAUUAUCAUCGGAAGUUUACGUGGAAGUUCGACGUUCGUGACGUCAUAAGUUGACGUUGGCAUGCCAACAUUUGCUAAUUAAAUUCUAACAAUAUGGCGACCCGAUAGGAGUGGGUUUGUUUAUCGUUUUACUUCGACUGAAAUUUUGGGUUGAACGCGCAGUUUUUUCAAAGUAAAUUAUGACAGACGGUCCUACAACAAAGGCAGCGUAUUUUCGCGUUUGUUCUGAGACAGGAAGAGACCCCGAUGGUGAGAUAUUGGCUGUUGUAAACCACGCUAUAGACGAACAGAUACUAGAGCAGACAGAAUUUUGCACUUUAAAGCUCCACGCAAAUAAACGAAAUGUGCAAAAUGAAAAAUAUAGAAGGAAACUAAAUGACCAGGACGUGGACACGCUCUGUAGAACGCUUCAAUGCAACACAUUCGUGGUCGGUUUAGACCUGGGAUAUAACAGUGUAACAGAUGCUGGUGCGAAAAUCUUGUCCACACUACUUCAGGAAACGCUUAUUCUCAAAGAACUUGUUUUAUCUUAUAACGACAUCACAUCCGAAGGUGCGUUGGAUCUCGCGAAAGGACUUCAGAUGAAUGAGACGCUGUUGGUUUUAAAAUUAAAUGGGAAUAAGAUAUGUAACAAAGGAGCAUUAGCAAUCGCUGGGUCACUUCAGGUCAACACAAUACUACAGGAAUUAGAUAUGGCCGACACUGAUAUGGGCACCGAAAGCUGUGUAGCAAUCUCAACAGUUUUAAAAUAUAACAAUUCACUGAAAGUCCUCAACAUAAAUCGACCGAUAGUUCACCCUUCACAGGAAGAAUCUAUCAUCGUGCACAUUGCUGGUAUGCUAAAAGUAAACAGAUCAUUGGAGGAAAUCCACCUUGCAAAAUGUGGUAUUCGGGAUUUUGGUGCUGAAAGGCUGGCUGAAAACUUGGUUUAUAAUACUGGGUUAAAACACUUAGAUCUAAGAUGUAACCGCGUCACUCGGGAUGGUGCAAGAUGCCUUGGAAAAUUACUAAAGAAGGAUACCCCCCUGGAAAUAUUAAAUUUAGCUUGCAAUCGAAUUGAAGAUGACGGAGCUUGUGCAUUAAGUGAAGCGCUUGCCUAUAGCAAUACCAAGUUACAAACUCUAGUCGUUUGUAGCAACAAAAUUGCAACGAGGGGUCUGUGUUCUCUGGCGAAGACGAUGAAAACGAAUUCAAGUUUAAGGCGUAUUUAUAUAUGGGGAAAUAAGUUGUUGGAGCCUGUAUGCAACGUAUUUCAAGAGCUCAUGUCUGGCCGCGUACCUCGUCUGGCUGAAGAGGACACUGACGUAACACCUUAUGUCGUGGACGGUAUUACAUAUUUAAGUCAAACAAACAGUCCUUAUUGAACUGAAAGGUCAUUUUUAAAUCAUAAUCAGUGUAUUAGUAUUUUCGAAAGCUUAGCUUUCAUCUUCUAUUGGUAUAGUUAAACAACAGCCUUGAAUGCCGUCGUUUAAAUUAAAAUCGUUGGAAGGGAACCUUUUUGUGCGU